AUGACUGAUUCAAAUUUACUUAAAGUUGGAUCGAGAAAAAGUCAGUUAGCAUUAAGCCAAACACAAAUAAUAGUAAAUCAAUUAAAGGAAAAUUUCCCAGAUUUGAAAUUUGACAUUGUUACUAUGCUAACAACAGGAGAUAAAAUAUUGGACAAACCAUUACCAAAAAUUGGAGAAAAAAGUUUAUUUACAAAAGAAUUAGAAGCAGCCUUAGAAAAAAAUGAAGUAGAUUUUGUUGUGCAUUCUUUAAAAGAUUUACCCACCUCACUACCACCUAACCUUACAAUUGGAGCCAUUUUAAAGAGAGAAGAUCCAAGAGAUGCUUUGGUAGUAAAUAAGAAUUUAAAUUUUAAAAAUGUAUCAAGUUUACCUGAAUCAAGUGUGAUAGGUACAAGUUCAUUAAGAAGAUGUGCUCAACUAUGUAGAAAUUAUCCUAAUUUAAAAGUGGAAAAUAUCAGGGGUAAUCUAAACACAAGACUUAAAAAACUUGAUGAAGGUGAUAAGUAUACAGGAAUAGUUUUGGCUGCAGCCGGCUUAAAAAGACUUAAAUAUGAUGAUAGAAUUACACAAAUACUAGAACCAAAUGAAAUGCUGUAUGCAGUAGGACAGGGUGCACUUGCUGUGGAAUGCAACAAAAAUAAUGAAAAGGUUUUAGAUAUUUUAGAAGUACUUAAUGAUCAUUCUACAAUUUUAAGAGUUAUCGCUGAAAGAAGUUUUUUAAAAACACUCGGAGGAGGAUGUUCUGCUCCAGUAGCAGUAAGUACAAAAUUAGAAGAAAAAGAAUUAUACCUGACAGGUGCUGUUUGGAGUUUAAAUGGAGAGAAACACAUCCAGAAAACAAAAAGUGUUACUAUAAGUUCUGACGAACCUUUAAGAAAAAAAUCUCGAGUUAUGGGAGAAAGUCAUGCAGAAAUAACAGCUCGAAAUAUUUCAAAUAACGAUUUAAAUUUAUCUGAAAAUCUUGGCAUACUUUUAGCACAAGAUUUAAUAAAACUUGGAGCUUUGAAUAUAAUUAGCGAAGCAAAAUCAAUAAAUGAAAUCCCAAAUGAAUCACCCAAAGAAAAAAAAUAA